AAGCGAACCCCGAGGAUCAAUGAAAGCUYCAAGUGGGCCAUUUUUGGUAAGCAGAACUGGCGAUGCGGGAUGAACCGAAAGUCGAGCUACGGUGCCAAACUGCGYGCUAACCCAGACACCACAAAGGGUCAUGAUUGAUACAGACAGCAGGACGGUGGUCAUGGAAGUCGAAAUCCGCUAAGGAGUGUGUAACAACUCACCUGCCGAAUCAAUGAGCUCCGAAAAUGGAUGGCGCUGAAGCACGCGACCUAUGCUCGGCCGUCGCGGCGAUUCUGACGCCGCGACGAGUAGGAGGGCGCGGGGCCUGCUGCGAAGCCUGGAGCGUGAGCCUAGGUGAAGCGGGUCCCGGUGCAGAUCUUGGUGGUAGUAGCAAAUAUUCAAAUGAGAACUUUGAAGACCGAAGUGGAGAAGGGUUCUAUGUGAACAGCGCUUGGAUAUGGGUCAGUAAAUGCGCCAUACUCAUUUUUGCGGAGAUUCUCAUGAAUGAUGGUCUGGGGGAUGUCAAGGAGGUGGGGACCGCACCCCUCCUCCCGGGGCAUCAGGCCCCACAGUCCGGCGCAGACGACAUACAGCUUUCCCAUCGAAUUCAACUCAUGCAGCAAACCCGGGUGGUCCAGCAGGAACGGCAGAUGCAAGAUCGGGGCGAGACACCAAUUGCGGCGAUGCCUGAAGACGGCAGACAAUUGCAAGGACAGGACGAACGGCCCCGAGAUCACGAGCAGCGAGGCCAGGACGAGGGCCUGACCGUCCAGCUGGGGCAGCAGGAGACGCCAACCAAAGACAUACCGAUGGAGGAGCACCCGCCAGCUGGCGGACGGAGGGUUGGGGGACAAGCAGUCACACAUCGAACCCCGCAGGAGCGGAAGGAGGGGGAGAGUGGAGCAGUGAGAGGGCAGGUGGCAAAGGGCCAACCAGGGACCGACGCCCAUCAUCACAACUCUGGAGCCGAAACGAGGCCUGCUGAAGAGGCAGGACGAAGCGCCUUGGAAGUCGAUACAGAAGGAGGGCAGACAAGGGCGGGGCAACAGGGGGGAGGUGAGAACAACCAAGGAAGUGCCCCGCAAGGCCAGCGCCAACGACCGCCACCCUUGGCACGCGAGCGAAAGGGUUGCCAGAAUGGCAGACAGGACGAGGGAACACUAGAAAGGAAGGGGAAGACGGCGACGUCAUUCCAAAGAGAAAAGAAAGGUGGCUGGCUAUUGGAAUGUUCGGAGUCCCUGCUCGAAAGUGGGGAAUGCGACCCCGCGGCGGAAGCAAGAGGAGGGGGAGACAUGCAGAAUCACAGCCGGCAAGUCGGACGUCCGGACAGAGUGGAAGCACAGGCUGAUAGCCGCCGGGACGACACGGUCAAGGGGAAACGCCAAGGGAGCCCGGCCAGCCCGCCGCGCGGGCCGAACAGAGGUGGUUGGCUACUGGAAUGCUCAGGGUCGAUGUUGGAGGGGACGCCGGGAGUAGAAAUGGAACCGACACGAGCGAAGGACGGGGAAUCACCUAAGACUGCGCAGGGAAGUGUCCCGGAUACUGUGCGGAUCCCUUUGGAAGAACGGAGACAACAGGGCUCAAGCGGCGCCCGGCCCCCCCGGGAUUCCAAAACGCCAGUGAGUGGUGAAGACCAGAGGCCUGUCGUGGAGAAAGAACCACCCUCCGAUCGACCGCCGCAUGACUUGCUGCUUCAAGAGGAGAUAGAGCAGAUCCAGGUGGACGAGAUGGAGCUCAUGGAAUAUCGAAGGGUCGAGGAGGAGGAGGAGGAUCCCGGACCGAUCCAGCAACAGGAGGAAAACCAGGUCUUCAACGACACCCACGUCAGAAGGAUGCUGCUAUUGGACGGAAAGUUUGACGAGCUUCGAUCGCAAGGCCGACUGAGAAUCGUUCCUGUGAUACUUCGCCUAUGGGAGGCUAAGUUGCAGAUCUUGCUGUGUCAGCCAAAAGAUCACGGGCACCUUCCCACUAUCCCAUUUCUCAAGUUCGCAAGUCACCCGUCCAUACAGCAGGCGAUUGUAACGGCGGAAAAGUGGCUCGGCACCGACUGUGAUGUAUUGCCGAUGAAGGGUGUGUCGGCGAUCCGAUUGCUGCUGAAGUCAGAUUCAGAGGACAGCUUGGGGGCAUAUUGCUUUCUGCUCCGAGCGGAGUCCCGGAAACAUGUGGCGCGAGUGGCAGACCCCCUGUUCCUCUGGAAUGAUCUCGAGCCGCUAACACUAGCAUUGCCAAAUCCGGAUGGCUUGCCGGAUCCGAAAGAAACGACAACUACGUACAACGAAACAGUCAAAAUCCUUGCUCUGCUUAGUAAGCGGCUUCCAAAGAAUAAGAGGUUCACCCAUCCCUCUUUCAUCACAGAUCCGGAGACAUGGCUCAGAGGACCGCGCUAGACAGGCUCGAGGAAACAGUAGAAUAGCGGGAUAGUUGAAGGAGAUGUGUCGGGUGAGGUGGGAAGGGGAUGGGAUGCAAGGGAUUCGCUUCACUGUAAAAUACCGCGCACUGAAUACUUUGUUUGAGCAUGGUAGACUGAGAGAUCUUUAGUUGUGGGACUUUGAACCUGGUGAGAACUGGUAGGGGAAGGACAGAGGCAACUGGGGUGAUUGGCCUGUGUUGUGAAGUAGGGGCCGGUGGAAGAAGCAGAAGCCUCCGCGAGAACAUUAAUGAAUACUUUGAGUGCUC